ACUUCACUACAAUCACAUGCAGCACAAAUCUCUCCUCCUCAAAGUUCCUCGCAAUGUUGGUGAGUUUAAGUACGGUCAUCAUGGCACUCAUCUCAGUAGCUGCUACCUGUCCUGCCUCACCAUGUGAAUGUCUGGACAACGUCACAGUCAGCUGCCCGGACAAGAGGCUGAAGAAAUUCCCUAACCUCCCAGAUGGUACUGAGGAGCUUUAUAUGGCCCACAACCUGAUCGAGGCAUUCCCCACCAGUGGACUGGAGCAGCUGCAGUUCCUGGAUCUCACCAAGAACUGUCUCAAUGUCUCCUUGACUUCCAACUUCAUCUGGCCCAACAUGAGCAGCCUGGUCAAGCUGUUUCUCAGGGGUAAUUACCUGGGUUCAUUGGGCCCUCGGCAGCUCCAAGGCCUCUCAGCACUCACCUUCCUGGACCUCAGCGAGAACAACAUGGAGGCCCUGCAACCAGGAUCCCUACAAGGCCUUGGUCAAUUAAAGACGCUCAUUCUAACACUGAACCAGAUCAACAGCCUGCAGUACGGGGCACUGGGUGGAGCCCCUGCACUCACUGACCUUCACCUGAGCAGCAACAGUAUUGUGGAGUUUGAGGAAGGGGUGUUUGAGAAUUCAUCCAAAUUGGUAAAGCUGAUUUUGUCUAAGAACAACUUGGUUAGCAUUGGGAAUGGCACAUUCAGUGGAGCAGUUAACCUGAGUCAUCUGGACCUCAGUGGAAACAGGUUAGAUUCUGUGCCCGUUGCUGCCCUGAAGGAUGUGUCAAAGCUGCACAGCUUGUACCUCCAGAAGAACAGCAUCACAUUUUUACCAGAAGAUGCUUUCUCUGAGCUCAGCCAUCUAAGGAUUUUGGUUUUGAAUAAUAACCAUCUGAGCAUAAUGGCUAAGGACUCGUUGAGUGGUCUAGCACAUCUCGGUCAAUUGGAUCUGAGCUACAAUAACCUCCAAUCCCUUCCUUCUGAAGUGUUUCAAUAUCUAUGCAGACUGGAGCUCCUGGAUCUCUACCACAACAGGCUGACAUACCUUCCAGAGAACCUGUUUCACAACCUAACUAUGCUGAGAGAGCUGCAACUUGACAGCAACAAUAUCUCAUACAUACCACCAGGGCUCUUUCACAUGGUGUCUAAGCUAAGGGAACUCCAGCUGGACAACAAUCAGAUAGCUAACCUCCACAAUGCCUUGUUCUCCAGACUGAGAAGGCUACGGACACUCUACCUGGACAACAACGCAAUAAGCAAGAUUCCCAGAGGCCUAUUCCACAAGACCAAGAGACUCAGGGAGCUACAGUUGAACAAUAACCACCUCAGGUCUCUCCCUAAGUCCAUCUUCCAUGGUCUGGCUAAACUCCACUCCCUGAAGCUUUUCAAUAACCGUCUCACAGCUCUUCAACCUGAGCAGUUUUCUACCCUUGGAAACCUGAGAGAGCUCCUGCUGAAUGAAAACCUGAUCGAAGAUCUUCCCACAGGCAUAUUUUCUGAGCUUCACAGCCUCAAGAUGCUGGAUUUGGAUAACAACCGCCUCACAGCACUGACUCCUGCAGGCUUUGAUGGGUUAGGUACACUAAAGGAGCUUCAUCUCAGCUUCAAUCAGCUCCGUGAUCUCCCAUAUGCAACCUUCUACUCCCUGGAUGACCUACGUAGACUCCUUCUCCAGAACAACCGCUUGGUGGCCUUGCACCCUCAAGUCUUCGCACCCCUGGCCGACUUACAGGAGCUUGACUUAGACAACAACCAGAUAGAACAGCUACACCCUGACAUGUUUCAAGGCCCUCACCGUCUCCAGAAACUUCACCUGAAAUCAAACCGCCUCAGUACUCUUUUGAAUGGGACACUGGAGCCUUUGCAGAGCCUGAAGGCCCUCCACCUGGAGGGGAACCCCUGGGACUGCUCUUGCAGAUCACCCAUCCUGUACAUCAGUAACUGGAUCAUCAACAACACCCAGAUGUUACAGGACGAACCCAUGUGUUCCACACUCAACCGACCCAUUUCACAGCCUGCACACCUUUUAAAGCCCUGUGUGAGCUUUGCAUGCUUCCCCAGACAAAAACUUCCCCUAGAGAUGCUGACAGUGCUUACAGCUUGGCUUCUAGCUAGCGGUUUUCUUUGACGUACACUUUUGCGGUUUCAGCAUUGUGGUUUUGUUUCUUGUUUUCAGAUGGUUAUGCUUUCAUGCAACUGUCUAUUGCACAUGCAUUGUGAAGAGUAAGUGAUAUAGUGUAAAGAUUAAAAUACCAUGGAAUGGUGUUAAAUAUUUGAUUGAAAAUUCAUGCUUUUCUUUGAAAUAAAACAAAUCAUUUAAUUUAA